ACAGCUAAGGACGAGUUCCCAGAUCUCAGUCAGCACAACAACCACAUGGCUAAAGUUCUAACUCUGGAAAUGUAUAAAAAGCUAAAGGAUCGCACAAGUCCCAAUGGCUUCACCAUAGAUGAUGUCAUUCAGACAGGCGUGGAUAAUCCAGGUAACCCCUUGAUCAGGACGGUGGGCUGUGUGGCUGGAGAUGAGGAGUCCUAUGUAGUCUUCAGGGAUCUGCUGAACCUUGUCAUUGCGGCUAAACAUAAAGGUUUUAAACCCAAAGACAAAUUGUGCAACAAAGAUAUAAGGCAAAUCCGUCUAACAGACAAAAACAACUGCAAAUUGGGAGUUUGUGUGAGCUGCUUCCCAUGA